UAUUAUUUUUUGCUAUCAAGACUUUUUCAUCAACAGGUAAAAUGUAGUUGUGUGGUAUUUGAAUUAUAAUUGCAACACAAGUAUUUUGCUAAUAUAAAUUUGAUGUUCUUUAAUGUAGGCUGCAUCACUACCAAAGAACUGUGUGUACUAUGAUGAGAUCUCUUUGGCAAAAUCCAACUGAAGCUGAGCUCCAAGAUCUCUUUAUUAUUAUUUUUUCUGUUGUCUUUUCUGAAGAAUUCUCAACAUCGUGCUCAAUUAAAAAUGAUGGCUCAUAUAUGACAUUUUCAACUUGAAACAGAGCUGCUUUUGUGAAAUUGAUUGAGGGGUUAUUUUUUACUUGAUUGAACUGAUUGAUUACUAUUUGCAGCUGAGCAUAUUUCUCUUAUUGGUAAAUUGUACAAAGCACAAAGCAGUUUUCUGCGUAUGGUUUCUUGUUUCUACUCUUCACUGUAUGUGGUCUUAAUCUGUUGUCAAUGACAUUCAAGAACUUAAAGUAGGAUUCAAGCCUGAACUUGGUUCUUUGAAGUAUUACAAUGGUUUGUCACAUGGAUGUGAAAUAGCUCCUUGCCAGUACAAUACAUAAGUGCCCAAUUUUGCAGUUCAGAAUAAUACAUAUGAAUUUGCUCUGUUUUACAACCUUUAUAAUCUUUUUAUGGAAAUCUGUACCCAUGGAUUGUUGGGGAAACUGAAAAAUGGUUUCAAAGACUUUUGGUUCUUCUUCUCAGGUAUGAAACUUCAAGUUCUUGUUCUGUUAUUUAUUUAUUAUUUUAAAUUUCUAUAGUUUGCUGACAUAUCAUGUUGUCCAACCACCAGAUUUUCACAAGUUUCUUUCCUGUUCAUUAUAGUCUUCCAAAUGGUUUCCAUUUUGAAGUCAAUGAUGAAUCUUUACCUAUACAGGAUGAUCCUCGUCUAUAUGACUGCAAUGUUGAACAAUGCAUAAAUGAUUUCAUUGAUGCUGCUAAGACUCAAGCAAAUGUGACACGUACAGAUCACAUCAUGUGGAAAAUGGGUGAUGAUUUUCAGUACCAAUAUGCUGAAUCUUGGUUCAAACAAAUGGACAAGUUUAUCCAUUAUGUUAACAAGGCAGUUAUCUGUUUGGAUGGUGAUGGUUGCAAGUUAAGAAGUGGACUGGUAAAAAUUGAGGAAGGUUUAACUCUCUUGACACGUUAAUUGCUUAUGAUUCAUGUGAUCUUUGGUAAGUACAUUUCCUUGACAAAGCUUCCUAGAAACCAAACUAAUGAUAAUUGCCAACUCUUAAACUCACUGACACACGUGCCCUUAACAGCAAGAUGACUCUCAGGCACCAUCUCUGCAAGGUAACACCUUUCAUCCAAAGUGAUGCUUUUUCUUCCACUAGGCUAUUAGGCAGCAGUCUUUGAAAUAUAAUGUGAACAAUUAGUCUUUUCUUUCAGUUUCAGCUGGCAUGUUCAUGUACAUUUUUACAUACAUGUCUACUUAUUUGGGCUGUCUAUGAAAUAUAAUGCCAACAAUUAGUAUUUCAUUUCAGUUUCAGCUGGUAUAUGCUUAUUAGAUGUUGUGAACAAAAGCAGAGUUCGUCAUCAUUGUUCUUCUAUACUAUGAUUAGUGUUUUUUUUUUUUUCUUAGGGUGCGGCUACAUGCAAAAAGAAAGAGAGUCGGGUUUCAAUAGUGUGCAACAAUGCCCACUUUUUCCUCUGUUGUGGUCCACUCGAGCUUUAGAUCUGCCUUAUUUUUUGGGCUGACACUGUAACAUAAAUCGGAUGUGAUGCAGUCAUCAUAGUGGGGCUCACAGUGUCUUUGUUGCACGGCCCCCUCAUACCAUGCUCAUGUGUGGGCUACACACAGAAGAAGAGAAGUGGGAAAGGGCUACUCUCAUCAAUGAAUUGAAAGGACAAGCUACCCUUCAGUUGAAGGGUCAGCCAA